CGCUCACGGGUUGCGUUGCACAAAAGAGGGGGUUGUGGAACAAGACAAGGCAACAAAUCGCACAACAAAAGGAAGUGGGCUUGUACGCACUGAAUAUUUAUGUUUUAUGUAACCCCUGGAUUUUACCAAGAAAUACUCUUUUCUUUUGUUUUGUUUGGCUCGGGAGAGACGGCUGAAGUAGUCGCGGUGAAUAUGGAGUAAACAAACCAAGAGCAGUUUGGACUGAAUCCACACAAGAGGCCUUCCCGGGGCCCCUUGGGGCCCAGGAAGAAGAUGCAUCGUGGUGGGGAUAAAGACCUGCAAAUAUCAGCAAGAAAGAUGGGCACGUCCUUGCUUUUCCAGCUGUCGGCUCAUGAAAGAGAGCUGGAUUUGGUUUUUUUGGACCACAGCUAUGCCAAACCAUGGAAUGCUCAUCCAGAUGCCAGUAGUGCCCGGCCCACAAGGGCGCUCUUUGUUACCCCUCGUCGCCAGCCUGAAGCCUUAUCAGAUUCUGACUCUGUAAUAGACGUGGAAUCGGUCACACCAACUCCUGUUCCUCUCUACGAUAACCAAAAGGCUCUUAGCGUGAUGAAAGAGUGUGAGCGACAUGUCCUGUUUGCUCGCACAGUUGCAGAGAGUCCCCCGCCACCUGAUGACUGGGAGGAACAUAUAAACAAGACUGGGUGGUCACUGGCCCAGAACAAGUUGUUCAACAAAGUCCUCAAAGCUCUACAAGCUGAAAGAUUAGCCCGUCUAGCCAAUGAAAAUGCUUCAAAUGAGCCAAUUUUGCGAAGGGUAGCUGUGGACAAGUGUGCCAGAAAGGUGCGGCAUGCACUGGCCAGUGUGAACUGGGACACCAAACUGACACAGUGGCUACACACAACCAUGAUUGAAUCUUUAAGCCUUGCCAUGCUUGCGGCUUAUUUGGAUGUGCUGCAGACUCUCAAAAGCAAGUUGCCCUCGCUGAUCGACAGAAUGUUAUUACCAUCAUCAAAGAGCGGAGCUCCAAGUGCAGAGGCUCUGUCGCUGCUACUGAAGCGGCCUUGGGACCCAGCCGUGGGCGUUCUGUCUCAAAACAAACCGUGUAAGCUUCCUGGAUCUCCACUUAUCCUUAUUUCACCAUCAAGCCCAACCAAUCCUGCCCUUUGUACCUCACGGCGAAUGAGAUUCUGGCAGUCUCAGCUCUCGUGUCUGGGAAAGGUUAUCCCAGUGCACACUCAUGUGAGCAGUGGGGCCAAUAUCGGUGUCACCCAGUGUCUUGAGCACAUGUUGGGUACCGUCAGGGCAAAGGUCAUGGAGGUUCACAGUCAUUUUCCUCACAAACCCAUUAUCUUGGUUGGCUGGAACACUGGUGCGCUCAUCGCUUGUCAUGUAUCCCUUAUGGAGUAUCUGACUGCUGUGGUGUGUCUCGGUUUCCCCCUGCUAACAGUCAAUGGGCCUAGAGGGGAUGUGGACGACCCUCUGCUGGAUAUGAAGACCCCGGUGUUGUUUGUGGUCGGCCAAAAUGCUCUCCAGUGUAACACAGAAUGCAUGGAGGAGUUCAGGGAGAAGCUGAGGGCGGACAACAGCAUGGUGCUGGUUGGAGGAGCCGAUGACAACCUCAAAAUCCAUUCAGCAAAGAUGAAAUCAGAAGGACUGACUCAGACCAUGGUGGAUCGCUGCAUUCAGGAUGAGAUCUCUGACUUCUUGUCAGGGGUCCUUACACGGGCAGAGGGCCACGGUCACAGUUCAGGGGAGAUGAGGGACUUGGACACAGAGAAGAAGAAAAGGCCUCGACGGGAGCUUCCCUUUGACAUGGAGAGAGGACGGCCUUCCUCCCCUGCACUGAGAGUUCCCAUCUCACCGUCCGGUUCAGAGGAUCUGUCCAGUGUCUGUAGCAGUCCCACGUCAAGUCCCAAACCCAAGACAUCUGGUCUGUCUCCAGCACAGAAGUCCAGUCUGAUCACGGCGACGCAGCUCCUCAAGACACACAUGCAGCGCUCUGGCACAGUGCUCACCCACAGGCAGGCUCAAGCUCAGUUUGCUGCUUUUAUGAAACAAAACAUGCUUGUGAGGAAAAAUCUUCCUCCUGGCACCCCUCCUUGUAUUUUUGUGCCAGUAACCAGUGAUCACAUGGAGGGCCUUGACAGAGAUGAACUGCGGCCCCAUGGCAAGAAGAGGCAGACGCCUAGUCCCACACCAAACAAAGCUUCCAAGAGAGCAAAGAUCAAGGUCACCAUUGUUUCCCAAAGCGAGUCAGCAGGGGGCGCUGCCAGCCCUGCUGCACAUGAAGUGGGUAUCUCUGGGAAGCCCUUAACAGUGACCGUGGGACAGACUGUGGCUGGUGCAAGGGAGCUCUCUGGACUUCUUACUGGGCAGCGGUCUGGUAGUCUCUCAGAGGUGUCUGGUGCCCUGUCCCCAGGCUCCAGCUCAUUCAGCAGCGGGCAGCCUUGCAUGGUGUCAGGGUCCUCCACACCAGUCCAGGUGCAAGCUCCAGCCACUGCCCAAGCGCCUUCCGCCAGCAGUCUACUACAAGGCCUAAGCUUCAGUCUUCAGGAGAUCGUCACCAAAGCUCCUAACUUGCCCUCUACAGCAGCCAACACAGGAAGCACCCAGGCGGUUUGUGGUAAGCCCCAGGGUCCGGUCCUGAGCUCUGCCGGUACCAGCAGCAGCACUCUGCUCCGGGCGGUGCCUGUGGUCACCACAGGGGGAGUGGCUAAAACCACUGCCAUACACCAGCUGCUCACCAAUGGUGGACUGGCCAAACUUGCUAGCAGCUUGCCUGGUUUGGCACACAUCACCAAUCAGACCACUGGAGGCCAGAAAGCCCCCACUUCUAUAACGGUGACUCUUCGAGGAGCACAGCCGGGUAGAUCUCUUAGCCAGGCUGUUGAGACUGUGACACCCGCUCGUGCCCAAGAGCCCAAGCAGUGAAAAUCUUCGCUCGCUCUUUCUCUGUGGCGCAACACCUGACUUAAGAUGGAGCCAAGCGCAUCUGGGAGUCAUCUCUGUGAGAUGACUGAGAGUCCUGCUAUGGUGAACACACCGCUCUACAGCAUGCAGAAACCUGCCUCACGUCAUCCAGAGGUCCCCCCUGUCAAGAUGGUGGGAAAAGGCCGGGCAGUCGCUGUGGCCGAGUCGUCACAACGUCCAGUUUCGGUUAAGAAGCAGCCAACACUGCACUGGUGGCAGCAGCAUGCAUCCAUUUGUGCUUUCCAUUUAACAAGUGAAUUCUCACAAUAACAUUUACAACACGGUCAAAUGUUGUCCUCGAUUAAAGAAAUUAAAUGCCUGGACUCUUGUAAAGCCCACAAAAGGGCAACUGUAAGUGCUGACCAUAAGCUGGCAUCUCAGCUGAAAUAACGGCUGAUGUGUUUUGCUCUUUAUCUCUGCUAUAAUAUCUCGUGUCGAUCUGCGUGUGGGUGUCAGCUGGACAUUUCUGAACGUCCCAAUAUUUGUGAAAUAGCUACAUUUGAAUGUUUGUCAUGGUUUUGAUUUAGUGAUUAACACUCAUUUGCAUCAUUAUAGUAUCAUCGUGGUCAUUUCUUUUUGUGAAUCAGCUUUCUUUCACCAUUAUGUACUACUUCCCCAAAUGACACACUUAAACAAGGGAGAACUCAUUCCAGAGCUCGUUAGAUCAGUCAGCAUUGGUCAUACCCAUGUGGUCGAGGAAGCUAUAGUCUAUUGUCAGAGAUGCAGCUGUGCAAGUGUGAGUUUGAAUCGGGCAUUGGUCAUAAAGCUCCUAUACAUAAACACAAAUGGACGGCUUUUGUUUCCUAUGUAAGCUGAUGCUCCAUAGUCCAAGCACUCUAUAGGGGAAUGCAUCCCAUCUGCACUGUGUCAACACUUCACUAUAUGGACUUUUUGUUUGAAAUAAACAGACCCUGGCUUCA